CUGAGCAGCGGAACUCCCGCCUUGCUGGCAGACUGUCGGUUUCGAUCAGUUGUGUUCAGAGUAUUACCGUCAGUCAGCAUGGCCCUUCUCUCCACUCUCACGCCGGUGUUUGUGGCUGUUUUAUGCGUGAUCCUCAUUUUUCUGUUCAAAAGCUCUCAGAAGAAGAAGGAGGAGAACGAGGCAGUGAAACCCGAGUGGAAGCCCAAGGCGCGACCGUGGGUAGACGAGGAUCUUCAGGACGACACAGAGAUCAGACACAAAGACGACGAAGAGGAUGGUGAUUGGGUGGAGAGUGGUGGGGAGGAGGAGCUGGCCCACGUGCCCUACCACGCUUCUCGGUACCCCGUAGAGGUCAUGGUUCAGAGGUCACAGGACUUCUACAGCCUGAUGAACCAGAGGAGGUCUGUCCGCUUCCUCAGCCCCGAGCCCGUUCCACGACAGGUCAUCGACAACGUCAUCCGCACUGCAGGCACAGCCCCCAGUGGAGCCCACACAGAACCCUGGACGUUUGUGGUGGUGUCAGACCCAGAGGUGAAGCACCAGAUCAGGCUAGUGGUGGAGGAGGAGGAGGAAGUCAACUACCGUCAGAGGAUGGGGGACAAGUGGGUCAGUGACCUGCAGAGACUCAGGACUAACUGGGUGAAGCAGUAUCUUGAUGUGGCUCCCUACCUCGUGUUGAUAUUUAAACAGACAUAUGGCAUUGUAGCUGGAGGACAGAAGAGGACUCAUUACUACAAUGAGAUCAGUGUGUCCAUCUCCUGUGGCCUGCUAUUGGCCGCGCUGCAGAAUGCAGGUCUGGUGACGGUGACGACGACGCCCCUCAACUGCGGCCCCCAGCUCAGGCUGCUCCUCGGUCGGCCAGCCAAUGAGAAGCUGCUGAUGCUUCUUCCUGUCGGUUACCCCGCCCCCGACGCCACCGUGCCCGACCUCACCCGCAAGCCACUCGACGACAUCGUGGUGCACCUGUGACAUCAUCACUAAGGGCCCGGUCGAGUGACAUCCUAGAUGUAAGGGUACCUUCUGUCCUCGUCUCUUCCCAGUCAUCUGCAAUGAUUUGUAAAGUAGCAACAGUCAUCAAAAUGUUUACUAUUCUAAUAAAAUGCAACAAUUGAACAAUAAAUGAAGAUACUCCAAA